AAAAAAAAAAUAAUAAUAAGAGAAAGCGAAGAUCUACCAUCACUCGCAGAAUCUUAAGCUGAAUCCACCAUCCUUCAAAAGUUUUCUCGCCUGUUCUCAGUGCAUUUUCUCGGCAAAAAUUCCAGGAUAGAAAAUGCGAUCGUGAGUGAUAAAAAAGGAAACGAUAACGAAGAUCAGAUAUCUGACUGUGAGUGGAAAGUGAAUUGAAGAAGAAGAGGACGAACUCACACAAUGCUCAGUUCCUUCUUCUUCUUAUUGAACUUUUUCUCCUUCUCUGAUCCGGUGCUCGCCGGAGGCCGCCGCGUCCUCCACCAGCCCUUUUUCCCCGUCGACUCUCCGCCGCCGUCUCCUGUUCCGAAGAUCCCGUUUUCCACUACUACUUUCCCAUCAAACCCUGACGGCUCGCCGUUCUUCCCCUCGUACCCUUCGCUCCCUCCGCCUCCAUCUCCGGCCCCCUUCGCAUCCUUCCCCGCCAACAUCACCUCUCUCACCCUUCCUCACGCGCCUAAAUCACAGCGUAAUUCUCGGAAGCUCGUGAUCGUCGUCAUCUCCUCCGUGAUUUCCGCCGCCACCGUCGCCGGAAUUCUCGCGUUGCUCUUCUGGCGAAGGAGAGGGCAGAACCGUAAUUUUACCGAUGAUAGCAAGACGUAUACCUCCGACAGCAGCCACCGAGUGUACCCGCCGCCGGCUCCUCCUCCGCCGCGUCGCAAUGCUCAGGCUAGGAAUAGUAAGCUUCGAGCGGAAUCGAUGAACACAAGCUCCGAGUUUCCUUACCUGGGAACUUUGGCGAAUUCGAGAGCAGUGGAGGAUCAAUCACCGGGCAGUAAUCGGAGCAAUGUCGGUUCGAUCUCGAGGAAACUGGAAUCUCCUGAUCUUCAGCCUCUUCCACCGCUCGUGAAACAGAGUUUCCGACUCAAUCCGGAUGUGGGUUCCAUCGGAGAAGAGGAAGAGGAAGAAUUCUAUUCUCCGAGAGGGUCUGCGAGUGGUCGCGAGACCUUGAGCCGAGUCGGAUCCGAGUCCCGGAGCGCGUUCGCGUCGGUUCCUGAACAGAAACCUACAUCGAACUCAUCGUCAAGCUCGGCUUCACUGGCGAGAUCGGUUUUUAUCAGUAUCUCUCCGCCGAAGAGCCCGCGUCAUCGGAGAUCGGAAUCGAAUCCUACGGAGACCACCGCACCGGAGCCGUUGCAGAAAUCUCCGGGGAGCUUUGAGUCAUCUCCGGCGAAGAACUCGCAGAUUUUAGUUGUCCGAUUCACGCGGUCACCGUCUCUGUCUCUGGCUUCGGUUUCGCCGGAGCUUGAACCAGUGAAGAAAUCCGAUGGAAAUUUGGCUCAAAUCGAUAGAUCUCCGACAGUUUCAUCCGCCGCAACUUCACCAGACAGAUCAAUCGACAAAAACACAGAUGAAUCUCCCCGUGGUUUCCACGAUUCCGACCGAAAUAUUCAAUCUCCGACGUUGUCCUCUACUUCCACGUCGCCAGAGAGACAACGGAAUGAAGCCCAGGAAGCUUACGCGCGAUUUCCUUCGCAUUCCUCUGCUUCUACAUCACCAGAUAAAAAUUUCCAGAAAUCUCCGGAGGCAUCCCCGGGUUUUGUGAACAAUCUCCGGCAAGGCUUGAAAUCUCAGUUACUCUCUUCCGCUUCCACUUUGCCAGAACAAAGUUUCAUGAAAAAUUCAAAAGCACAGCGUUCUCCUUCACUGUCUUCUCCUUCCUCCGUUUGUUCUUCACCGGAAAGAGAUGCUCACAAAUCACCAGUUGGGUCUCCGGCAUUUUCCGGUCGGAACUCACAGUCUCCGUCGUCGUCGUCAUCACCGCCAUCUUCUCCGGAGCGAGGUUUCAGCCAUAGCCAAGAUGCAUCUCCGAGGAUCUCGAACACUUCAGCAAAAAUUCUAGAAUCUCCGGCGCCAAAACCACCGGCUUUUGAAGCUCCACAGGCGCCGUCACCCCCACCGCCACCGCCACCACCUCCUCCGCCGUUUCCAUCAUGGGCUCGCCGGAAUCUGGCAACCCAUCCGGAGCAGCCGAUCUCCCGUCAACCACCGCCUCUUAAUCCGCCAUCACGGAUCCAAAACCAAAACGUAUCAAUGACUUCUCCGAAUAAGCUGCCAGAGAAUUUCUCUGCAAGUGAAUCCGUCGAGGAAUCUCCUAAACCGAAGCUGAAGGCUUUGCAUUGGGAUAAAGUUAGAGCAAGUUCCGACCGUGAGAUGGUCUGGGAUCAUCUUCGAUCAAGCUCUUUCAAAUUAAACGAGGAGAUGAUCGAAACAUUGUUUAUGGCAAAGACACCAGACCCGAAAACAAAUCAGAUAACUCCAAGAUCUGUUCUUCCUCCCCUGAACCAAGAGAACAGAGUUCUGGACCCUAAGAAGGCUCAGAACAUUGCAAUCCUUCUUCGGGCACUUAACGUCACAAUAGAAGAAGUUUGUGAAACUCUUCUUGAAGGCAAUGCUGACACUCUCGGGGCCGAGCUUCUUGAGAGUUUGCUGAAAAUGGAACCGACAAAAGAGGAAGAACGCAAAUUGAAGGAGUAUAAGGACAAAUCGCCCAUCAAACUUGGCCUUGCUGAGAAAUUUCUCAAGGCAGUACUUGAAGUGCCUUUCGCUUUCAAGAGGGUUGAAGCAAUGCUUUACAUAGCUAACUUUGAUUCCGAGAUUGAAUACCUGAAAACAUCUUUCGAGACUCUCAAGGCUGCUUGUGAGGAGCUGAGAAACAGCAGGAUGUUUUUGAAGCUUCUAGAAGCAGUCCUCAAGACUGGAAACAGAAUGAACAUCGGGACAAACCGGGGUGAUGCCCAUGCAUUCAAGCUCGACACUCUCCUCAAGCUAGUGGACAUCAAAGGCGCAGACAGGAAAACAACUCUCUUGCAUUUCGUGGUUCAGGAGAUAAUCCGGACAGAAGGAACUCGAAUAUCGGGUACUAGCCAGACCGAUGACAGUAAAUGCAGGAAGCUAGGCCUGAAUGUUGUGUCUGGUCUCGGAUCAGAGCUCAACAACGUCAAGAAAGCCGCUUCAAUGGACUCGGAAGUACUAAGCAGUGAACUCUCCAAGCUCUGUAAUGGCAUCUCCAAGAUCAACAAGGCUAUCCAGACAGUGAACUCACACCAAAGCGACCGGAGAUUCUCGGAAUCUAUGAAAAGAUUCCUGAAAAGGGCAGAGGAGGAGAUCAUAAGGGUACAAGCCCAAGAAAGGGUAGCACUCUCUUUAGUAAAAGAGAUAACAGAGUACUUCCAUGGGAAUUCGGCGAAAGAAGAAGCUCACCCGUUUAGGAUAUUCAUGGUGGUAAGAGACUUCUUGGGGAUUCUGGACAGAGUAUGCAGAGAGAUUGGGAUGAUAAAUGAAAGAAUCACCAUUAGUUCUGGUAAUAAGUUUCCAGUUCCAGCUAAUCCCAUGUUGCCACUGCCACUUCCUGGGCUCCAUGGACGAGGGCAAUGUAGUUCAUCGUCUUCCUCGGACCAAGAGCAGACCUCAUCUCCUUAGCUUUUUUUUUUUUUAAACUUAAGGAGGACUGAGUUGGAUCAGCUGUUUUGUUUUGGUUCUGUGUUCUGUCUGUGCACAAGGGUUUUGUACAAAGUUUCCAGUGAUGGCUAUAUAUAUACAUAGAGAGAGAGAGAGAAAAGGAUGUCAAAACUUUA